CAUAGUGAAGCCAUGAAACUGAAACAUACAAAGAAAAUAGAAGCAAAUGAAAUGCCUUCAUUCCUCGCUGAAACCCUAAUCCCAAUUUUGCUGCCUGAAGGCUCUCGACGCCGCCCAGUUUGUCGCAACUAGCGCCGCGCCGCCGUCCUUUCACUCGCUCGGUGCCGGCAGCCGCGUGCAACGCCUCUGUGUCGUCAGUUGGAGUGUCUCCCGUCGAGCAUGGACAAUGAAUCCAAGCAUCUGCCUCAAGAUUUGAUAACUAGAAUCCUGCUUAGGUUGCCGGUGAAGUCUCUUUUACGCUUCAAGUGUGUGUGCAAGUUUUGGCGGUCCCUCAUAUCCGAACCCGAUUUUGCAAGAUCUCAUUUUGAACUUGCUACUCCUCGACUCGUGUUCAAUGCCGGUCUUGGUGUUCGAACCAUGGACUUUGAGGGAUCGCUUCACUCUAAUCCUAUUUCCGAACCAAUAAAGGUUGACUUUUUGCCUACCCCAUCUCAUACUCCAAUUUUAGGUCCAAAUGACUUUUUGUCUGCCCGCCCUCGUUUUCAAAUUGUAGGUUCAUGUAGAGGUUUUCUGCUGUUGAAUUCUAAUGAAAGCCUCUACUUGUGGAACCCAUCCACACGUGUCCAUAAACCAAUACCUUCAUCGCCUUUUUACACCAACGUUCAUGGUUAUCUGUAUGGUUUUGGGUAUGAUUCAUCAAAAGAUGACUACUUAGUGGUUCAAGUGCCCAUUGCACCAAGUUCCUCCUCACCUAGAUGUUUAGAACGUGUGCAGUUUUUCUCUAUGAGAACUAAUAUGUGGAAAUAUAUUGAGGGUAUCAAUUCACGUCCGUGGGACCACUCUAGGAGUGCUCGACCUGGGUUGCUCUUCAAUGGGGCCGUUCACUGGUUGGCUUAUGAUCAUGAUAAAUCAAGGGAGGUUAUUAUUGCCUUUGAUUUAAUGGAGAAGAAACUUUUACAGAUACCCCAGCCAAAGGAUCUCUGGUAUGAUCUUUCAUAUUGUGAUUUGUGGGUGCAUGGAAGUUUUUUGAGUCUAAUGAUGAAUGGGAGCGAUACACUUGAAAUAUGGGUUAUGGAAAAAUACAAAAUACAAUCAUCUUGGACUGAGACUAGUCUAUUUCGUAAUGGCAUUUACUACCUUUCCCCAUUAUGCUCUACAAAAAGUGGUGAUCUUGUUAUGAAUAGUGCACCAGAACUUGUGAAGUAUUUUUAUAAGGCAGAUCAGCUAGAGAAGCGCGAUUAUCAAGGUUCUGGUUCGUUACAAUACACAGUGCCGAUGUAUACAGAGUCUAUCUUUUCACUACCCGGUGUAGGUGAGCAAAGCUAAAAAAGUUGGCUGACAAUAACAAAUGAGAAUGAUUUUAGUUAAGUUGGAUGUAAAAGUUCAUUCAUCCUAUGUAACUCUUUUGUGUCUUCAAGAAAAUGUGAUUUGUUUUACAUUCUAA